CCCCCCCCCCCCCCCCCCCCUCCCCUUUCCACCUCUUGGCCUAGCCGGCACUUACCCCGCCCCCCCUGCAGCGCUAGCACUGACUUGGCUCCAUCGCCGAUCUGGACUGUGUUAAAAGAGACGUAGCUAGCUGUGGAAUUUCCUGUCACCUUCCAGAACGUGAUCUGAUCUCUCCAGUCCUGCAACGAGAGGACAAACCGGACAAAAACCACAAAGUGCUGCUUUUCUUUUUUUUUUUUUUUUUUUUUUGUCACUCUGUAAAGCUCUCCACCAAGACACUCGGGCUUCUAGUUCCAGGGCGCUACGUUUAGCAAAGUAAAUCCCAGUGCUUUGAUUUCUUAGAAACAGAAAAUAAUCUGUUAGCCAGGAACUUCCCGGCUAUACCUUUGUUGCGGGUGUGGUUUCAUAUUAAGGACGUUCUGCCAGCAGUGUGGAAGUUCGCCCAAUGCGCGGCUGCCGAAAUUUCACUGCGAAGUGUAAAUGUGGUGGUGUUUAUUUUUUUUAAUCUUUAAAGCUUCUUCCCCAAACACACAAGCAGAAAAAAACUAAGCUAUACACUUUAAUCAUCGAGCGUAGCCAAGUCGUUCGCUUCUGAACACUUGACUCCCUCCUUCCCCCCAUGAUGGAUGGCUGCUGGUACAUCAACACCGCACCACCACAGCUAAUGAAUGUCAAGCCGACGCGCUGCCAGUAAAUAUCAGAGCGCGCUGCCCUCAAACUAGAAGCCUGGGCCGCUUGAGCGAGAGGCAGUUUUCUUUUUUUUUAUGCAGCUCAGCUCAUAUUUUAACUCGGACGCGUUGUCAGUGAUUCCUCAUUAUUGACUGAAUACGCUCUCCACGGUCUAAAGCUGGAGCGCUCUCACAGAAGCCGUAGCUAUCCGGUUCGUCCGCACCCGUUCCGCUGGCGCGACGACGUGUUCUCAUUUCUCUUUUGUGGACUGUGUUUGGAAGUUUUCAUCCACUCGCAGUCAUGAAGAGCUUAUCCUAAAAUAAGUCUGUAUAAGUCUGCACCACUUCGACGUCACACGAACCGCAAUCAAAUCUAAAGCUCGUAUUCAGGGUUUUAGCCAUAACCAUAUACCUCUUGUGAUCUCUGCUGAAAUAACAUUACCUGUUCGACAAUGUGCAGUUCUAAUCAACCCGGUAACAUCGACUCAGAGCCUCGUUGUGAAUCUGCUAAGCUGUGUUUCUGUUCUGAGCCUGACGCGGGGUCAGUGAAGUCCACACAGGGUCACGGAGAGAGGGCCCUGAGGAGGUGGCAUGUACAUUCCCUAAAUUUUAUGAGCACUUAUGAGUGGGUGUUUGGGACGUUUGUGUCUAGCGGAACCAUGUAGACUCAUUGGAUCAUCACAGAGGUGAUGUCCGAGACCUCCUUAAAAAUAUGAAGAGGCCUGCCUCCUAAGCACCCGAGCCGGCGUGUCUGACGCAGAACGGCCGCGCUGCUCAGACGCAUUAAGGUCUUCUGCACAUUAAUGGCGAAGCUGCUUUUCGUUUUGUGUGUCGCCCGUCACUUAGUGAGAGGAAGAAGAGACCGUAAAACAUACUAAACACCUGUUGUUGUGUGAGGUCUGUUGCAUCGCUGCGUCAGUUGGUUUGUUUUGCGGCCAGUCUGUUAAUCACCCUGUCAACAGAUGCGCCGGCGAGGUGGGGCAUUCACUUGAAAGGAAAUCAGUUUUUUGUAGACAUUUAAAAUAAACAAUCUGAUGUUAAUGAUAACUUGUUAUUAUUCUUUUUUUUUUAUUAUGAUAUUUCCAUGACGAUGUGUCCUCCCGCCAGACGUACUAACAAUAAUUUGUUGGUUUUCAUCCUUGCAACUUAAGUUGAUUAUUACGGCUCUGAAUCCUGACUGCAGAGCCCCACCCUCAAUAUGUGCAUCUGCAAUCAAUCAGUAGGAAAUAUUUGCAGCUGAGACUGUUAGUAUUUCGCAGUACGUGCUGCCCCAUAACAAUCUCGCACAUAUCGUGACACAGUUAAUCAGUAUUUGAACUCUGUUCAAAGUCCCGAUGCUUCGCGUUCAUUUAGGAAUGGAAAGCAAACAGCAGCGCGCCCGUGGUCAGACGAUACUGUAAAGGGGGGGGGGUUCGAGUGGAGGCUCGUAAUGGUCUGAAGCGGGAAAUUACGCCUGAAUUAAAGUUAACAGAACUGAACGUUUCCCAGUUUUGUCAUUAGGCGACACUUGAACGCCGUCGCUCGCAGCGGGGGGGCGGUCAACUGGAGCAAGUUAAUUUAAAAAUAAACAAGUUUGUCAGCGUCAGCCCGGGCCGCGGAGAUAAGAAUUAACGCCGAUUUGAAACCGUCUCGCGGAGGUCUCCGUUAGCAUUCGCCGCAGCUGGAAAAUGAAGCCCGAUCGAAGCCGAGAAUCGCACCCGGCUCGGGCUGCGGCGCAACUUGGUUUAUUAUUUCACGGGGGGCCAGAUCUCACGCAAAGUGCAAAGAAAUUGUGAUCGCUUAGAUGCCUCCGAAGGUCUCGCGUGUUGAAAGCGUGUAGGUGCUAUUUAGCAAAGUGUAUAAUACAAAAUAAUGUGCUGUAUGUGAGCUACCAUGGCAGUAUUAUUAUUAUUAUGGAGAUUUAGAGUAACUCUCCUGAGUCAAAGACUAAAGAUUAAACAAUAAACCAACAUGGACGUGACCUUCCCUUCUCAGAACAAUGAAAACAUGAAUGUAUCGAAACAUCCGCCGCGCUGCCUGUUGCUGAAUAGCUGUUUGUUAUCGCUGGUGGCAAACGCGCUUUUUCCUCGUCUAGAAGCCCAAACAGGGCAUUGUUAAUUUUCAAAAUUGUCGGAGCCGGAUUAGGUCAGGGCCUUGUGUGCAGGUUGCUCGCUCCCUCUGAGGGAACAGGCAGUGACAGUGGGUGUGAAGACGGAUGCCGCAGCCCCCCCCCCCUGUCCCUCCUGCUCACCACACUGCUAACAGCAGAUGGCUUGUGGAGGAACCCUUCGACCGCGGCGCACAAGACUGCGGAAAAACAGCGGCAUUCCGGGCAUUCUGGGAAUUGUUUUGUCUUCUGUGGGCCUGACAGGAAAGACUGCUGCCAUUCUCGAUGAAAAGAGAAAAAAAAAAAAGUUGCACGGGGCACAUCUGAUAGCGACGCCGAGAGCUGAGGAGAGAGUUGCGACAGAUGCAGCAGGAGCAGGGCUGGUUCUAGGGUCAGAUUUAAGGGCUUUAAUGUCAAACUACUGUGUCUACUGUUAAAAACAAACUUAUAGAUGGAAACGUCAACUCUAUCAAUCUGCGCCAGGGCUGUUUCAAGAUGCUCCGGGGGCCCCAGGCAGGAGGCCCCUUGGACCUGGCCCCCCCACCACCCCAACAACAGGUUUUAUAGUCCAUGCGCACCUUGGUUCCGCGUAGAGCAUGGGGAAAUGCACUUCCCCUUUCUUGAUUCUUACUUCUGCAUAGAGAGUAGACGAGAAUAUCAGGAGGAAGUGUAAGCGAAGUCAACGAGGGUCUGCGGUUUGCACAUAGAAAUCGUAACGUAAUAUCACACUCAUUGCGAACUGUCAGUGGACUUCUGCUGAACUUGUUACGGCCACGGGGCAACGCACCCGAAUAACCUCUCAAAUAUAUUUAUAUAUCUUUACAUAUAUAAAACCAAGCUCUGCAGCAUGGCUCAUCGGGCCUUUUCGGCUGCUGCUGCUCCGAGGCUGUGCAACGCCCUCCCUGACCACUUGAGGGCCCCACAGACUACAGAUGUUUUUAAAAGAAACCUAAAUAAAAGAUCUUUUAAAAAGAGCUUUUAACUAUUUAUUGACCUUUUUGUUGCUCUGUAGCACUUUGAGAUUGCUGAAAUGUAAAGUGCAAUUCAAAUCAUUAUUAUUAUUAUUAUUAUUAUUAUUAUUAGAAUUAAUAAUACUUAGAGGUGUUCCAUAUAGCUUCUAACUGAUGGAGGUGACGUGUCAGGAUGUGUGUUGUACAAUAGUCAUGUGCAUUAACAAGAGCCAAAUCAACGAGGCAAACAGCAGGAUGCUGUCUGGAGUAUUAAUGGAGUGAAUUAAACAUGGCUGGACUCGAGUGUCAGGGGGCCCUCGGCACAAAGAAGACAUUAGUUAUGUAGUUGUGCGUAAUUAUGUUCUUUAUCUCUUGUUUUAAAGAACAAGAAGCGGCGCUUAUCUCCACUUGCCACGAGGCCGCAGGUGCACGAGGCCAAGGAGACAUUAGUUCCUAUAAUAAUAAUGCUGUUUUUCAUUAAUACCGCAGACACUUAAAAAAAAAAAAAAAAAACACACACACAAGUAAAACUGGGUGCAGUGUAAACAAACUGCUUCAGAACUUUCACGCUGUUUUCCCCGCGCUGCAGAGCAUCAAAGUGGAACCAGGAAAAGCUCUUAACUGCACUAAGCAUCUGUCUGGAAACGGAGGGGGGGGGGAACGCUGACACCGCACAGUUUUUUUAAUGCGCUACAUUAGUCUUAAUGUUGUUUUUCCCCUUCAGAGGUUCGGCCAAACCGAAAGUAUGAGGGUCAGCACACAGACACACACACACACACACACACACACACGGACCACCUAUGAGACAGAACAUUUGGCUCGCGGCUUUAAACGUUUUAUUUGGCCGCCGUCCACGCUUCACACACACACACACACACACACACAACCUUAACCUGCGCGGUGGAAGGACGAGGCUCCGCCAGACUAGGGCUGGUGUUUUUUAGAAGGCGUGAUCCGCGGUGUCGGAGGAGAGGGCCGAGGUGGAGAUGAAUCCCAAAGCAACCCACGAAAAGCAAGAUCCCCGGGGGACUGAUUCAUUAUUAAAGAGAAUAUGUUGUGUGAAGUGAUUCAGAUGGCAGGAAAGAGAAAGCUUAUGCAAGUUAUUGACCAAGAACAGCAAAACAGAGGUCCUUCCCAUGGAUCCCAUGUGAAAUGUCCCACCCUGAUGAAUCCGGCAGGACACCACGAGAGGCUCCGGGAAGGAGCCUUCCUCUUUUGACCCACCGCAUCACAGCAGCCCUGGGGGAGGCAAGUGGAUCGGGGGCUGAAAAACAACGCUUGAAAAACAAACCCGCCCUUCCUCUCUCUUGCCAAUCCUGUUCUCUGCUUUUCCUCUUCAGAGAAUUAUAAAAAAAAGAGUAACAAUAAAAAAAAAAAAUAAUAAUAAUAAAAAAAUCACAGCAUAAGCUAAAUAUCAAAAAUGGCCCCUGGAAGCAGUGACGGAGCAGGACUGGCAGGAUGUUCCAUUCAGAGUUUGCGGUUGUGGCUGUGGGAGACGCUGGAUAGAGCCAGCGGCACAUCAGGCUGGUAAGUGGAGGCAGAUGAGGGUGUUGUGCCCUCCCUCCUCUAGACCUCCCACUUUCACUCCUUCAACCACAAACAGUCAAACCCCCCCCACGCAACCUCCCGUUAACAACAAUCCUGUUCAUUAGAUGUCACUCUGUGGGGAAGUGUCGCUCUGCUUUCUUCUGCGUGGGGAGAAAACUUCUGCAAGCACUGUGUUUGCACAGUUUUUUUUUUUUUUGUUGUUGUUGCUGAAAGUGAGACCAAAAUAAAUGUUUAACUCUCCUCGUCAUUUCCCGUGCGAUGCGAUUAUUUUCCCUUCCGCAGUUCAAAGCCACGACAGCGUUUAACCGUCCUCCGCAGGAACACAGGCGGCAGUCAGUCACUUGCAGGACUCCUGUGAAGCCACGCUUCACAUUUUCCUGCGUCUGACUAAACAUUGCUCCAGUGCGCCACCCAGUGAAAAUAAACAGGAAGUACACUAAAUCCACUUUGAAAAGUCCUUCUAGCCCAGCGUUUACACUCAGAUCCAGAAAAGGCAAAAAAAAAAAAAAAAAAAGUGAAACUAAUCCAGAGGGUAAGGGGUUGGCGUGCUUGUUUUAGAGGCUUUAGAGCCAGUCACAAUAAAUCAUCUCGUUUGCGGGCGCAUCACAUGUAAUUUUAUCAACACCGCUAGCACACGCAGAAUCCUUCUUUCCGGAGGCCACAUUUUCCAGAUGAGGCUCCGGUUUAUUUAAUCUCACCUAAUCAUCUACUUGGAAGGGCUUUAAAGAGCAGAGAGAUCCUCUGAUCAGUCAGUGUCACAAGUCUUUCAUUGUUUUUGGGCUGUGACGUAAGCACCGAGUCUGCUUCAAACACCCGAGUCGCAGAUGGUUUUUUUAAUUUACAUUCGCGUCAGCGUUCUGUGCCCGGGAGAAAAAAAAAAGGGUACUGAGUCACUUUAUUAACUCAUCUCACAUCAUCAUCUUUGCUUAAUAUGCACCAUAUUCCUCCUCAACCCUCUCUGACAGUCUCCAACACCUUUUCCACUAGGCUGACCCCUGCGUCCCUACUUUCCUCAUCUGUGUGAGGACGUGCCGGCUGCAUAACUCAGCCACAAGUGUACCUCACAUCACCUCCUCUGCUUCUUCUUCGUUUCUUCUCCGCCUUCAACUGAAACCCUCCUCCCGCCGACUCCGUCCUCCGCCGUUCCUUCUCCCCUCUUGUCAAAACGCCCGGGCGCGUUCACAGCAGCAGGGCCACCAGCUGCCGCCCUGACCCCGUCCGCGCCGUCCAGACCAUCGCCGCUGCUCUGCCGCGCCGUAUCCCGAUUACCGAAAUCCACUUUCUCCGAGACACGAAGCCGGCCGCCAUCUGCACUCAGGGUGGCGAGAGAAUAGAUACUCUUCUCCGAGGUGAAGCCGGAGCUAGGCCCAUCUGUCGCGAGUCCCUUCACGCUGACUGGCUAACCAACUUUCGCUACUAUUAAAACGCUUGCCCAGACUGAGCCGUCGGCGCACAGGUUCUAGCCCCCUUCCUUGGCUACCCGUGACACGCUGACAGCUUUAAUUAUGAAAUAAAUCGGGGGCUCGAGUGAGGCAAGGCAUCCGCUCAUGAAAAAAAAAAGCUGAUGAUGUCAUCUCCUUGAGAAGCGACUGGCCGGUCUCAGGGGCAGGCUAGCAUACGAGCGAGUAUGUGGAACGGAUAUGAAAGGAAAUAAAACUGUUCUAAUAAAGUCAUGCUCACAUCUUAACUCUGUGUUUUUUUCUCUUUUGGUAACUUCUUAAUCACACACCGAAGCACUGCAUAGCAUUAUGACCACCUUCCUAAUACUGUGUAGGUCUCCCUUGUGCCUCCAAAACAACUGUGACUCAUCAGAGAACGGACAUGGGCCUUCUGAGGGCGUCCUGUCCUGUGGUGUCUGGGAACAGAAUGAUGAUAGACGGGGUCUUCUGGGGCCUAUCGGUCGAGGGGAGGGGUCUCUGCGAUGCCUGAGUACCAUCCGCACGAACGCGAGACUGAAUUGUCACAGGACGGUCAGUGUCAUUUACCUCUAAUGUCAGGGGUCGCGGCUGAUCGGUGUAAAUUGCCCGUGGCCAAACCUGAGACACGGACGCCGACAGUCCCCGUGACCUGCGCUCACUCCACCGGGUGUCUGCAGCAGUUGCUCGUAUCGCGUUCAAAAGCCCCGGAGCUGCCGCACCAGUCCUGCCAAGAGAGCUGCAACCCCACACCUCCAGGCUACGAUCCAGCCUCGGCCUUGACUUCCCCCUCCUCUGUGGCUGUCUUCCCAGCCACCUUAGGGCCAGGUUCCGUCUGAACCGAAUACUCUCGCCGCUGUGGACCGUUUCCUCUCCUCUAAUGAGCUUUUCCAGUUACAUGCAGUGGUUUUUAAGGUGAUUUUUCCCAUAGCCGCUGCCGUUUUUGCAACUUCCUACUAAUCAUUUGUGAAUGGCCGUCAUUAUACUAAGCUAAGGUAUUAAAAAAAAAAAUAAAAAUUAUGUAGCAUCAUCUAAUAUUAUUUAAUCUUACAGCUCUCCUUUAAUAGUGACGUCUGCUCGGUAUUAAUGCACAGGUACAUAGCUCUCUUGCGGCAGAAGAUUAUUGUUUGUCUGGAAUUAUUGUCCGACAUCUGCAGUUAAUCCAUCCCCAGCUGUCAAAGAGACACCACAAUAGCCCGCAGCAUAUGAAAUAGGUCUCCACAGUCACAGUAAAGGCACAUAAACGAGAUUACAUUGUGUUAGCGCUACUCCUUCUCCAGGAGCAAAGAGCCUGCUCUGUUUCAAACUUAUUGAGCGCGAGGGCUUACAUCAGUGUAAUUGUGAUAUUGACAAUCUUUCUGGGAAAUCAAAAAUCGAUCCGUUCUAUAAAUAUAUUGAUGAGAAGGGGUCACGGGCAGUGCGUUUCCGGGGCCCUUAAGGCUCCGAAAGAAGACGACCCAGGUGCACAAACACUGCCAAAAAUAUAAGUGGUUUCCAUAACAACCCAACCGAGGCAGACUCCACGCUGCGCUCGUGUACCGUCCGAAGUUUUCUUUAAACUCCGUUCAGUUUCUGCUCGGCAAAUCUGUAGAAUCGCAAACAGGUGGGGUCCAAAAUAUAAAGAAGUAAAGACAAAAGAAUGAAGGAGGCAGAGGGGGUGCUGAAGCACGGCGACAAGCCAUGGGGGACAGAUCAUCUCUUGCCUUUCUGUUUCUCCCGCCCUCCUCUCGUAUCCAGGCAGGGUUGGGCCAAACAGCAGGUGGUGCAGAAGAGGAGCUCGGACAUUGGAUUUACAAAUCUCUGGCUCCUGCGCCGGACAAGCAUGGGGAAGCAAUUUUAAACUCGGGUGACACGGCAAUAGCGUCUCCGGCAGAGUUUGGCUGAAUAAAGAUGCGCGUGAACUUGGAGAGACAAAGGAGCGCUCAAAGCAAAUGAGUCAGAAGAGGAGGAAGAAAGACGUCCUCUAAUCUCAGGGCCACCGUUUGGUCAGCCUGCGCGAUGUGAGUCAGCGCAGGCGAAGGCCGGGGGCGACUUCGGGACAUGGAGGUGCUUCUGCUUUGCAUCGAGAAUUUACUGGUGGAUGAGACUUGAUGUCUACGUGGGGUCAGACAAGCCGUAAAUGUUUCCCCCUGUCCCGCCCUCCUCACCUGACGUCUGUCAGAAUGUCAGCGGCGUAGAUGAUUCAACCUCCAAAGAGACUCUGGGCGCUGACAGGGUUUAAUGAUGUAGCAGCUACAGGUGACUUACACGUGGCGUGUGAUUUAAGACGGGUCAACCACAGUCAGUAUGGAAGAGCAGACAACCUCUUUAGUCUGGAUAUAUGUUAAUGGUACGGAACAACUGAACAAUUCCCACGGGUACAACGCCACAGUUUUAAGCGAGGACUCAGACAAAUACCAGUCGUACAUCAUCGGCCUCUUCCUGUCCUGUCUCUACACCAUCCUCCUUUUCCCCAUUGGAUUUAUCGGCAACAUCCUGAUCCUGGUGGUGAACCUGAACCACAGGGAGAAGAUGACCAUCCCUGACCUCUACUUCGUCAACCUGGCCGUGGCCGACCUCAUCCUGGUGGCGGACUCCCUCAUCGAGGUCUUCAACCUGAACGAAAAGUAUUACGACUACGCCGUCCUCUGCACCUUCAUGUCCCUGUUCCUGCAGGUCAACAUGUACAGCAGCAUCUUCUUCCUCACGUGGAUGAGCUUCGACCGGUACAUCGCCUUGGCUAGCUCCAUCAGCAGCAGCCCGCUUAGGACUAUGCAGCACGCCAAGCUCAGCUGCGGCCUCAUCUGGAUGGCGUCCAUCCUGGCCACGCUGCUCCCCUUCACCAUCGUGCAGACCCAGCACAGGGGCGAGGUGCACUUCUGCUUCGCCAACGUCUUCGAGAUCCAGUGGCUGGAGGUGACCAUUGGCUUUUUGGUGCCCUUCUCCAUCAUCGGCCUGUGCUACUCUCUGAUCGGCCGGAUCCUCAUGCGGGCCCAGAAGCACCGCGGGCUGUGGCCACGGCGGCAGAAAGCCCUGCGCAUGAUCGUGGUGGUGGUUCUGGUGUUCUUCAUCUGCUGGCUGCCAGAGAACGUCUUCAUCAGCAUCCAGCUGCUGCAGGGCACGGCCGACCCAUCGCAGAGGACUGCUACCACCCUGUGGCACGACUACCCACUCACAGGCCACAUUGUUAACCUGGCAGCCUUUUCCAACAGCUGCCUCAACCCCAUUAUCUACAGCUUUCUAGGGGAAACCUUCAGGGACAAGCUGCGCCUCUUCAUUAAGCAGAAGGCCAGCUGGUCGGUGGUAAACCGUUUCUGCCACCACGGUCUCGAUUUACACCUCCCUGUCAGGAGUGAAGUGUCCGAGGUGUGAUUGUUAUGAUAGGAAGAGACGAUUACUAGCAAAACUGACUCCGAAACUUCUUCAUAUCAAAGUCAUGUAUCAGUUUCUGACAACUGUUAUUUAGCUUUGCCUCAGAGUAGUCGUGUCGGUGUCUCAGUUAACCUGCUCACUUUCUGAACAAAAAAGAAAAACAAAAAAAAUAACACACACACAAAAUCGCCAGGAAAGCUAAAAAUGACUCGACGUGUGUAUCUCUUUUGUAGAUAGCGAACGCACAUACGGAAAGUUUUUUUUUUUUAAGGUUUGUCUGCACGUUCAGGUCUUUGCAUAGUACAUAGUUUCUGUGUGAUAAGGUGGACCGCAGCAAAUGAAAAGGUACUGACAAGCCCUUAAGGAACAGCCGAGGGGCCAAAGAUAACUACGUCCCGAAUGACUCUCGCAAGAGAGGACAGAUUCUUGUGUAUGUUGCAUUUUGUGUUCAGUAACACCAUUUGUUUUCAAGGACGUUUUACGAUUGCGAGGGAUAACGUGCAAAACAAAGCUGAGGCAGCGUGCUAAGAGGAAUGGCUCCGUUACACUUAACCCAAAAGGACUACAGGAGAAGGUUCAGUUUCAGCCAAAAAAAUACAUGUGCUCACACAAUGACAAAUGUAAAGAAGGCCUUUAUCAUAUAUCGACAUCAAAGCAGCAGUAAACAAUGAAAUUCAGAGGUUCAUAGUUGGGGAACAAACUUUAAUGACACCACUAGAACUCUGUCCUGACAAUACCCCUUUUAUUGCUUUGCUUUUCUUUUUUUUCUUUUGCUGUUCAGGAAAAUGUCUUCAUGUAUAACCAGGCAAUCCACCAGAAAAAACAAAAAAGUUCACAAACUUGUUUUAUAUUUUACAAAUAAAGUGUUCCCUCUUUUCCAAGAACAUGAGACGGAAGUCAUUUGAACUCUUAAAAAGAGGCGUAACCGCCUCGGUCACGGUCGAGCUCCGAGGUGAGCUCGCGGCGCGCGAAUCGCCGCGGCUGAGCUUUCAACAUCCAACCUCCGAGCUCGCAUCUAAGUAAGCGUCCGUUUCAAAGAUGGCCGAGUCCUUACCCGGCUUGUCAGUUCCUGUUUGUGCGACGGAGCAAAGAGGCAGGUGUUGUUUUGCCGGGAGGGUUUGAGACUGAGUAAACACAUAAUUCAAUGCUGACACCAUGAAGCCGCACCGUGCUUUUAUUCUAUAACAUAAAUUACUUUAAUAAACAGCGAUGGCCAGGCGCGAGUAGCUUCUGCACAUGUGGGGCCUGUUUUAGCGUUGCGCUGAUUUCGUCAUCUGUCUCACAGCGAAACAUAACAAGAUUCAAAGAGCGUUCACUGUAUGUUCUGAAAUAAAAAUUAAGAGCGAAGAGUGCGACGUGCUCUGGAACAAGGUAGAGGUGGUUGUUCUGUGCAGCGCAUACGGUAAACGCAACCACACCCAGGUUGAGGAUUGUGUACCACUAUACGGAGUAUCUGUGUAUUGCCAGCCUGCAGUGAGUUUUGUUAAUCUGAUCUGUCGUUGGUCGGAGAUAAUGGUGUGACCGGGAAAAACGGGAGUCCAAACCACAAACUGUUAUUCCAGCUGUAACAGUCCGAGCGGCCUGGGAAAGCAACUCUAGGGAUUGCGUCAGUGAUUGUUUAUUAGAGGUCUGCAAAAAAUGUAAAACAUGAAACUUAACAUUCAUUUGUUUCUGUUAUAUAUUUUGAGGUUAUUCCUCCUCGUUGUGCAGGUUGGCAUUCAGCUUGCUCUAAUCCUCUCACUUGUGUUUUUCCACCUUUUAAUGAAGAUUGCGCGGCUCGUACACUUUGCGUGAAUCCAGACGCGCCUGAAGGCUACGCAAUAUUCUCCAAACGGCACACGGAGGGAACGAAAACAGGAAGACGGGCGAGUGAUAAUGCGAUAAGGGCUGUCAAGUUCAUUGAUACAAACAAGCGGCACCUACACUCCGGAGCCAAGACCCACUGCAUUGAGCCCCGGAGAAGAGGCAAAAGGCCCUCCUUUACAUCAGCUGUGCACGACGCACAUCUGCAUCACAUGUAAACAUGACACAGUGUGAGAAGAGCUUGACAGUGAACUGUGUGAACAGCUGAGACCACUGAGCGGGGUUAAAGGUUCGCCGUGGCUGACGUCACAGAAGGAAAAAGGGUGUGACUUUUUCCCCUUCGCUCGCAUUGACUGUUUCCUCUGGAUGAUGCCGGAUGAAAAUAAACGACUGCAGCACACGGCCGUGAGGAUGUUCGUGCGUGACGCUGAGCUGAUCAUCCCUAAAGAAGGAAAUGUCCAUGCAAAAAAAUAAAAAUAAAAUGAAAUCAUGAUAAGUGCAAACUAAAGUUUUUUGAUGACCGAACUGAACAAAAAGUCACAGUGGUUUGCCAGGCACAGUGUUCCUGAUUAUUAUUAUAGCUAUUAAAGUGCAAGUGAGUUUGCGCACAUGGCAAACGUGAUGCAGUGAAGCAUUAUUCCAUUACAUAAUGUUCAGGUUUCGGUCAUCAUUUUCAGAGGCUGCGGUUAGGGCUGCAUUUGCACUGGACUGCAUUACAUUUCUAAUAUUUUAUUUGCCUUGUAUGUGACAUGGGAAAUGUGAUUCAGAAUACAAGUACAUCAAUGCCUGCGUGUCUGAAGCCGCGCAAAUGGCACAUAAUUAGACUUUGUGGCAGAUGUUGUGUACGUUUGUGAAGACACUGAUUAAAAUAAACCCAGCGACAAAACACGA